CAAAUGGAAUUUCUUCAACUUUGGUUCCCGGCGAUUCAUUUUUACUCUUAACAUUUCUUUUGUUGAAAUAAAUUACUUCUACUCUCAGAUUCUUUAGCAUGGCAGCUUCAUUGCAGUUUUAUGGUGUUACACAUAGACCUCCCUGCCAUCUAUCUUCUUCUUCUUCGCAUUCACUUCCCAUUCCCAACGUCUAUUCACUGUACAGCAUCUUAAUGCCUCUUCUCAUUUGCGUUCCCCUUUUGGAGGCUCAUCCGUGGCCUCUGCUGAGAGGAUCAGAGAGGUUGCAGCGGUUAUCCUCAGCUUCCCCAAUGACAGGCCAGUAAUUGUUCUCUCUGCUAUGGGAAACACAAUGAAUAAGCUUUUGUUGGUAAUGCCUUUCUUCUAAUUCACCCUGUUAAUGUAAAUAAACAUAAAUGUAAUCCUUCUCACUUCUUUCUCUUUGUCAAAGAAUUUCAUUAGCUGUUGACUAUCCUGGCGGGAGAGUAGGCUGUUAGCUGUGGAAUCACAAAUGUGGAAACCAUGGAUGAGUUGAGUUUCAUAAAGGACCUCCAUCUUUGGUAUGUUCAAUUCUAUACAAGGCUGUAACAACUGGUAGUACGAAUUUGUUCUCUUUUCUCUCUCUCUCUCUCUCUCUCUCUCUCUCUCUUCAUCAUCAUCAAAUUAAUUAAUGUUCAGGACUGUAGACGAGCUUGGAGUUGAGAGGUCAAUAAUUGAAGGUGAGUUUUGUUUGCUCUUUGACUCUUUUGUUUUUAUUUCAUGUUGCUACUUUGGAAAGCUUUUUGCUUGCUUAAAUAAGCUGAACAGGUCUUA